CAAACAACAAAUCGGAUGACGGAUUGAUUUCGUCUGAUCCGCUUAGGUCAUUCAAACCUAUAGCACUAUUCAUUACACAGCACAACGCUUAACAACUUGACAAGAUGGGAAGCGUUUACGUCCCGCCUUCCAGUUCGUCCGGCGGUUCUUGUACAGGAGGAUGUGGAACGACAAACGAUGCAAAAUAUCAAUAUUUAGGUGGAUACUUUAAUGCGCAUAUGUUAAGUAUGCCUUCUCAUCGAUACGAAUACAUUUCUUGGAUCGUUUUGGCAAUUGUAAUUUUGAUAAUUGCUGCUUUUCAUCAUGUUGGACUAGGAGAUCAAUCAUACAUUGGUGCAGCAUGGAGUAGAUGGGCAUUAAAGAAUCGCGUGAUAAAGAUUGGCAAAAAGGAAAACCAGAGUAGAAAGGUGAUCACGUUUCCAAGUUUUGGCAGAACACUACUGUUAAUCGCUUUGGUCAUCGUACCGGUUGUUCUAACAAUCGUUGGUGCUGACUAUAUCUCACCUUCUGCCAACGUUUUUGAUAUGUCACAAAGUUGGCCAAAUACAAACAUUUCACGUUAUACCGUCGGUCUUAAUCGCCGUUCUCAACUAAUGAAACGAUUGCAGUGGGGUCAAGGAAAUUUUCCUUCCGUCAUUACCACUCCACCUUCUAUCACUUUGCCCUAUCGAACAUGGUGGACUGCAGGUGGCAGAACUGGUGGAAUGACAAAUGCAUUAACGCCAUUCGUUGUUGUUAUUGCACUCAAGCAAGUCCCAUUCGCUCUAUUGUCAACGAAAUUCUUGGGAGGCUUUGCGUUUGAUCGACUAUCCUUCAUGCACAAAUGGGGUGGUCGCGUAGUUUGGCUGUUCGCAACUGCUCAUAUUGUUCUAUGGAGCGUUCAACUUUCGAAAGAUCAAGCUUUUGGUGGACCGAUGUGGGCUUUUGUUUUCAUGUGGGUCAAAUUUCGAUGGGGUUGGGUAUCUUAUGGUUUCUUCACUCUUCUCGUUGCUCUUUCUAUCGGUCCAAUUCGAACGGAUUAUUAUGAAUUCUUCUAUAUCGCACACGUCGUUUGUGCUAUCGGAUUCAUGGUCACCGCUUGGCUUCAUCAUCCGCCAUUGGGCCCUUGGAUGUAUGCUACCCUUCUGUGGUGGCUCUUGGAGCGCAUUGUUCGUUCGAUCAAGGUGGCAUAUAUCAAUGGACUAGGAUUUGCAGGCCGAAAGCCGCAAGUUGCCAUUGGUACGAACGCUCAUGCAGCAGCACCAUAUCGUUCUGAUGGCUUCGUCAACGAUCCAUAUCGCAACCACGUCAAUCAAAAAUCUUUCUCUGCUUCAUCUUCAGUAACGAUGCACAGUGAACCAAAAGGAAUGCCUUCACCAUUCAAUUCACAGCCGACAAAUUUUCAAAGCUUUGGAGACUUUAUGCCUUACGAUCAAGAGAAUUCUUAUUCGAAUCGCCGAAAGACACGUUUAAGCGCUCGAUACGAUCCGGUAAACGACGUGAUUGAUGGUUAUGCUGAUAGUCACGAUGCUAUUGCAAUGCAGCCUGUAUCUUCCACGCCCAGAUAUACACUUCAUGAUGGAGGUCCUCAACAAGUCUCUCCGCCUUCUUCAGAAUUUCAUGCAAGUGCGGAUCACUAUACUAGACGUGCGGAGUCCAUUCAUUCUCAGCAGGAUAGUCAUUUGAUCAAACGGCUACCACAUCCGCGUCCGGCAAUGGCAGCAGAUGUUGCAGCAGUUUUACGACCUGGAUAUGCAUAUGUGCAAUUAUUGCCCGGUAAAACACUCCGAUUGACUUUGCGUACGCCAAAUUCGUUCACCUGGCAAGCAGGACAAUACGUCAAUUUGAACGUGCCAAAAGUACGCUGGUGGCAGAGCCAUCCAUUCACGAUUGCAUCUGCACAUAAUGCAGAUUAUCCUUCUUCUACGAUGUUCCGAGAAGAUGAGGAGGAAAAAGGUCUGAUUAUGAACAAUAAACAAAAAGGUGAAGAAAGGACAAUCGUUUUGUUGUUGAGAGCGCGUGCUGGAUUUACACAUCAACUUUGGGAUCAUGUUCGACUAGAACGUGAGAAACAGAUCAGAGCGAUCGAAGAUAGUACCGGAAUGCAAUACUCGCAUGGAGAAGUUGCUAAAACUGCAACUGGUGUUCACGUUCGCGCGAUUAUCGAUGGUCCAUUUGGAAGCGCGCAAAGGACACGUUGGGGUAUUCAUUCAAGCAUCGUGAUUAUUUGUGGUGGUUCAGGUGUUAGUUUUGGAAUGGCAGUUCUAGAAUAUCUUUGUGCGGUAAUGGCAGGUGUAAAGAGAGGAGAAAAGAAUUUCCAAACUAGAAGGGUUCGUUUCGUUUGGAUUUUACGUGAAUAUUCACAUCUUCAAUGGAUCGCUUCAGCUUUACGUAGAUGUGUGGAGAUGGUUCCUCCAGAGAUGUUACAGGUGGAUCUUUACGUCACAAGUGCUCGUGCUCGUCAGUUCAACGAACGUCGUACUUUGUAUCAGGCUAAUGCUUCAAUCAGUAACAUGGAUGCGCUAAGUUCGCAAGGUGGCUAUUCCAAUGAUGACCCUUUUCCCCCUCGAUUCACCGAAGGACCCGAUCAAGAAGAAUAUGAAGUGGAUGCCAAUGCACUCACCCAAUUUGAUGGUGAAGAUACCAGUGCACCUACUGCUGCAGAAGCAAAGAUUAACGAACGGGUUCACAAAGAAGGAAAGUUGCGUAGAGCACAUACACGCAGAGCCACAGUGAAACGUAACAAAGGAAGAGCAGCCGCAAAUCAAACGCCAAACGUUCCAAGAAGCGGAUUAGUAUCUCCUACCGAUGACACUGUCGUUCGUGCUGCACAAGCUGGUAUUCAUGAGCGAGCACAUCGUCCACCGACAGCGAAUAACGUAAAUGGACAGAGAGGAGGAGCCCAUCAGCUUAAUCAUUACGAUUUAGGCGAGCGUGCUAUGCCGGUAUACGAAGAUGAUGGCGAUAAUGAGAAAACGUUCGAUCAGCAAUCAUCACAGUUACAAGUGCCAAGAAGACCAUCGUCUCCUUCCUCAUACUUUAAUGCAAGAGGUAUGAGUCCAGGCACGUCACCUUUACCUUUGAGCCCAAGCCCGUAUGAAACACCAAGAGCGUUGACGCCUAAUCCGAUGGAUGGAAGAUACACUCCCGAUGGAUUCUAUCAACCCUACCCAGCAUCAUCCACCACUCAUCUCAACACCUCAUUCGGACAACAAACACCACAUUCAUUCUCUUCCCAUAUGCAUCAUCAUCAUGGCUCUAGCAAUCUAGCCGGAACACCACAAAUGCCUCCAAUGUAUCCGGACGGAUCCGAUUUGACGCCUGUGAUUAGUCAAAAUGACGUACCGAUCGAUUUGGACGAAGCAGAGAAUGGCGAUAUGGGAAUCAUUUCCGAAUUAGCAAGAGUUGGUUAUCCAAAGCUGGACAGAAUCGUACGUGAAGAAGUAGAAAAGAGUGCUGGAAGAGUUUUGGUUAGCGCUUGUGGACCAAACAGUUUAGGAAAUUUGAUCAGAAGUAUUGUUAGUAAACAAAUCGAUCUCAAAGGCGUUCGUGCGGGCAAAAAGAACGCUCAUAUUAAUGUCGUCACUGAAAGUUACGAAUGGGGAGGAUAAGGAACGCAACGGACUUUUUCUUAUUAUAGUAUCGCAUUUUACCUAUCAUCAUAUCUUUUUUGUUUACCGCAUUGCACUAAUACCUAUAUUGUACAUCAUGCUCAUUAAGAGCAUUUUUUAAUUCAUUGUAAAUCUAAUAUCUUUUUCACUUUCUUCUGUGUCGUGUUAAGAUA